UCCUGCGUUCCUGGGGAGCCUCAGCCCAGGGGAGCGUCUGGGUCCAUGGCCACCUACUCCUACCGCCCGGGCCCCGGGGCCGGCCCGCCUGGAGGCGCGGCGCUGCCGGACCAGAGCUUCCUGUGGAACGUCUUCCAAAGGGUCGACAAGGACCGGAGCGGCGUGAUCUCGGACGGCGAGCUGCAGCAGGCGCUCUCCAACGGCACAUGGACUCCAUUUAACCCCGUGACUGUCAGGUCAAUCAUCUCCAUGUUUGACCGGGAGAACAAGGCCGGCGUGAACUUCAGUGAGUUCACAGGCGUCUGGAAGUACAUCACAGAUUGGCAAAACGUCUUCCGCACCUAUGACAGGGACAACUCCGGGAUGAUCGACAAGAACGAGCUCAAGCAAGCACUCUCAGGUUUUGGGUACCGGCUGUCUGACCAGUUUCACGACAUCCUCAUUCGCAAGUUUGACAGACAAGGACGGGGGCAGAUCGCCUUUGACGACUUCAUCCAGGGAUGCAUCGUCUUGCAGAGGCUGACCGAUAUAUUCCGGCGCUACGAUACGGAUCAGGACGGCUGGAUUCAGGUGUCCUAUGAGCAGUACCUGUCCAUGGUCUUCAGCAUCGUGUAACCCUGGCCUUCGCAGAUAGCGGCAG